AUGAAUAUUGCAAUUGAAGCAUGACUAAUUAUAGCAAGCGGUAUUUUAAGAAUAUCUAGCUUUCUUUUUGACGCAUAUUAUGUAUAUUCACAGUCUUUUACUUCUGAUAUCGUCAAGCUAUUUUGUCUUAUCUUUUUGUUUGCUCCUAUGGCUCUAUUGCUUACUAUAAUACUCUAUUGCUUUAUAAAAGGUUUAUUUUCCAAAAAUUGGAAGCACAAUUGUGGACAAUUUUCCUUAGGAAUUUUAAUUUGUAUUGGUGAGCCUAUUGGUCUCAGUUUUUUUAUUUUUGGAAUCACUUUGCUUAUUGUCAAAGCAACAGACCGUGAUUUUUAUAUGGUAGAUGCCCUUUCAAGGGUUUCAAAUUUAAAUGAUGCAGUCUUAGAGUCAUUUCCUCAGAUAAUCCUGCAGUCUUACAACAAUGGAAAACUCGAUAAUUGGAGCUGAUUUACGAUUGCGUCAGUAGGUAUUUCUGCGCUUUCUUUCACAUACACUUGUCUCAAGCUUGUGCAUGAUUUAGAUAAAAUUAAGCAUUUUGAAGCUGUAUCACAAUUUAUUAGACAAAGUGUAGUCCCCUCAACUGCAGGACAACCCCAAGAUAAUAUAAAUAAGAAGUCACCAAAAGAAAGUAUGGAUGUAUAUGAUUUUAGCUCAGAAGAACUUCCCAGAUAA